AGUUGACCUUCGAGAAGCCGGGAUAACUAUAAGAAAAAGCAGGUGCAUGUCGAGGUUCGAACAUAUCAUCCACGUGUUAACUUUUGGACGCCUUUACAAAAAUCUCAACAACGUGUAAGCGCCCAGAAGAGUCUUAAGGGUUGGAAAUUCACUACCAAGCCACUUUCCAUGUUCCCACCUCAAUCGACAUCAGACCACGUGGAAAUCACACACGCAUCCAUCCGAAUCCUGCCUCAGAACAGUAGCCUUAUAUAAGCAAAUACCCACAGGGUUCUCAGUAUUUGGAAAACCAGCGUUGAAAUGGUGAGAGAAAGAAGGGAGAGAGGAGAUGAUAACGGGCGUUACAAGGGAGUGAGGAUGAGAAAGUGGGGAAAAUGGGUAGCAGAAAUAAGGCAACGUAACAGCAGGGAUAGAAUAUGGUUAGGUUCAUAUAAUACUGCAGAGGAAGCAGCAAGAGCAUAUGAUGCUGCUGUUUUGUGUUUACGAGGGCCUUCGGCAACGUUUAAUUUUCCAACGAAUAUACCGGAAAUCCCUGCCUCGACAGAUCAAGUAUUGUCUCCAAUGCAGAUUAGGGAGGUUGCUUCCAGGCAUGCAAGAAGGGGGAGUACUGUGGAGCUCGCAGAGAGGAUAGUGGGACCUGGGUUGUGUGAAGUGCCGUCUGGGAGGAGUGGAGAGGUGUACUUGGGUGCUGCAGAGAAUAUGGAGGAAUGUUUGGAGGGGAUUUUUAGUGGGGCACACUAUCAAACACCUGGUGUGUGGACAGUUUAAGUUUGUUAGCGGAGCAUCUUCUGUUCUUUCUACAAUUUGUUUGUCCUGGGAAUUGGGUUGGUUCUUUCUACUUGCAUGAUACUCGUUAAUCAUAGUUGAUAGGAUUUUGCUUGUGCAUUUUUCUAAGAUUUUGUAGUCUUUAAUUCGUAAACAGAAAUAAAAAGAAAGGAAAGAAAAAUAAAAUUUUGUGCAUGUAUUUAA